AUGGAUGAAGAUACGAGAGCCGAAUAUGAAAGUACAUCACAGCAAUUGCGCAUCGACCUAAAAACUUGGGAAACAGACUGGGCAAAAUCACACGAGGGCAAGAAGCCAGGAAGAGGAGAUAUCAAAGCAAACGAAGACAUUGCCGCGAAAUACAAGCAAUACAACAAGGUUCGAGAUAUUCUCUCGGGCAAAAUAUCACCCCCUUCGAAACAUGCCCCCAAGUCCACAAAGCGAAAAUCAGAUGGUCUGUCGGCACAAACACCCAUCAAACAGAACAAGCAUAUCGAAACUCCAGCCAAGAACCGCACCCAGAACCACGAUGAGGACCUCAUGAAUACGCCAGCUAUAUCACGGAAACUGUUCAGUCCCACAUCUGUAACCUCGGUUGGCCCGACACCGCAGCGAGAUGGCCAGGUACUUGGGCUUUUCGAUUUGCUGGUCGAGAAAGAGCUAGGAACACCGUCAAAGAAAGAUUCUGCGACCAAGACGGGAUCCGCCCGCAAGGUGGACGCAACUCCAAGCAAGAGGUCCGCGGCAACAGAUGACGACGAAGACGAAAGGCUUGGCCGAACACCUAUGUCGUCUAGCAAACGACAGCGACUGGACCACUUCUUGACUCCAUUAAAGAAUAAGGAUGGAAACAAGGACGCUGCCACACCUUCCUCGGUUUCGAAGCUUCAAUUUGACACACCGGCAUUCUUGAAGCGUAAUACUCUACCAGUUCUAGAGGAGAACGGUGAUUUUGACGCCCCAGCUCCUUUACGGCUACCGCGUAAGCCAUUUGCAAGAGGUCUCAGCGAGAUUGUGGCAAGUCUACGGAAGGUUGAAGAGGAGAGCCUGGAUGACGACCUUGAUGCCUUGCGCGAUAUUGAGGAUGGUGGAAUGGGUGAACCGAAACCAAAGACACUUUUCCCAUCCAAACCUAAGGACGACAUACUGGUCGACGAUAACGAAGCACGGCAACUGCCCCUCGGUGGAUUUGAUGACGAAGGUGUGUACGACAGCCCAGUGGAAGGAGACAAUCCGACGAGGGUAUACAAAAAGAAGGGCCAGAAGCGAACAACAAGAAUGGCCAAGAUGCGUCCAGUUCGGGUCAAUAGACCCGAGAAUAUGGCAGCAAACCCCCAAAGUGAUGUGGAGAAUGAUGAAAUACAAGCUGGGGGUGAGGAUGCUGGCUCUGAUUUCGAUGAUAUAGUUGAGAAGAAGCCCGCACAGAAGAAGGAGGGCACUGUCAAGAAGGCAGCCCGAAAGGUGAAUGAGCUAGCUCAUGCAAACUUCCAAAGAUUGAAGCUUAGGAAUCACGGAGCCAAGGGUGGACCAGGCAUUAACAGCCGAUUCCGCCGAAGAAAGUAA